ACGUCAACGCGCAGGAGCGGCAGGAGGGAGCGGCUCUGGUCGAGAGAGCUUCACGGAGAGCGGGAGAGAGAGCGACGCGCAGCACAGCGGACGGGUGGAUGACUCAGACAGACGGUCAGGAUGCGUGAAUAUAAACUGGUUGUUUUAGGAUCAGGAGGCGUCGGGAAGUCAGCGCUGACGGUCCAGUUUGUUCAGGGAAUCUUUGUGGAGAAAUACGACCCGACGAUAGAGGACUCGUACAGGAAGCAAGUGGAGGUGGACGGGCAGCAGUGCAUGCUGGAGAUCCUGGACACGGCUGGAACAGAGCAGUUCACGGCCAUGAGGGAUCUGUACAUGAAGAACGGCCAGGGCUUCGCUCUGGUUUACUCCAUCACCGCUCAGUCGACCUUCAACGACCUUCAGGACCUGAGAGAGCAGAUCCUCAGAGUGAAGGACACCGAGGACGUUCCCAUGAUCCUGGUGGGGAACAAAUGCGACCUGGAGGUGGAGCGCGUCGUGGCCAAAGAGUCGGGCGUCGGCCUCGCCCGCCAGUGGAACUCCUGCGCCUUCCUGGAAACGUCGGCCAAGAGCAAGAUAAACGUCAACGAGAUCUUCUACGACCUCGUCCGGCAGAUCAACAGGAAGACUCCCGUUCCAGGAAAUACUCGCAAAAAGCCCGUCUGCCAACUUCUCUAAAGACAGUUCCAACUUGACCGACAACCUUCAAGCCAACCAAUCACAGAGCAUCUUCCAGCUGGCCACGCCCCUUUAACACAACCACGGCAUCAUCAAUAUCAGCCACCGCUAUACCCUCUGUUAUCGUGACAACCAAGUCCCAUCCCCUCAGCGGAGACUGUUGCCUUGGAAACAUGAAAAGAUCCCUCAAAAACAUCCGACGAUGAUGACGGUGAUGGAGGAGGGCGGGCUUUUCCAAACAACUUCCCAGAUUAAAACUCCAGUUCCCAUCAUCCUCUCUGCUGAGGCUCUGCUCUGGGGGAACCGCCUCCAACUUUUUUUAUUUUUAUAUUUUUUGUUCCUUAUCAUUUCUUUUUCUUUCACUUUUCGUUUUCCAGCAUUUUUUUCUAAUUCAACCGCAUGCAGCUUGACCGUCAGCCAUCUUGGCACUGCGGUUGCCACGGUGACGGCUGUCUGUGUGUACCGCUCUGGUUAAACCUGUGGAUCCUUACAGUGGUUAUUAUUAUUAUUAGUAUUAUUAUGGCAGUGCUUAUUAUUAUAAUUCUGUGUAAAAAGAAAAAAAAAUAAUCUAAAGUCAGUUGAUGUUUUUUAGUUUUAAUUUCCAGGUGGGCGGGGCUAACGGUGUCAGCAGGUCAUAGGUCAGCUCACUGUGUUGCUAAAGUUCAAACCGGUUCAGUUCAAAACUAAAAGUUUCAUCAAGUGACGAUGCAGAAGUUUAAAAUCCAGGUUUCAAUAAAGCAGAGCAGAUUUUCAGAGUGAAUCAUGUUCAUGUUGUUCCACAGGACACACGUCGCUAUCAAUACAAAAAUCAAUUUAUAAAUUGGUUAUUAAAGCAGAUCAGCUGUGAUUUAUGGUUCUACUGGGAUUUAUUGGGAAACUGAGAAGAGAAAUAGGAAAAUGUGUGAAUUAUGGAAGAUUUGUUGGUGAAUUCAGAUUUUUUGUUUUUGAUGGCAUUAUUCCAAAGAAAUAAUUGAUUUAGCUAGAAGGUAUGCUAACAGCUUUCUUCUAAUUCAGUAAACUGUAAUUUUAAGAAUAAUUAUAAUAUAUAAAAUAAUUAAUCGCUAUAAACACUAAUGCUCCACUAUUUGGAAGGUAUUAGAUUCAUAAAAUACAAUAAAAUUAAAUGCUACCUGGCUAGCCUAAAACGUUAGCGCUGCCUUUAGCUUUCAGCUAAAUUAAUACAACAUUAUCUUGAAGCUCUUGAGGCUACAUAACUUUUAAGCUCUAGUUGCUAAAGUUACUAGCUACUUAGCCAAUAGCUAAUGUUAGCAUUAAUGCUAAUACUAGCUUUAAUUAUUAACUCUAGGAUCUUGUAGGUUAGGUUAUAGAUAAAAGUAUAUAGUACCAAUGAAACUAUUAGUUUUAAGUAAUGCUAGCUUUAGCUGUUAGCUUGAAGUGCCUGUCGCUGAAGCAAAUUCUAAAAUUAGUUGCUAGUAAGUUAGCUUUUGCAACCGUUCUGUGCUUAUUUUUGAAAGCUUUUCUUUUGUUGAGUAAUAAAUAUUUGUACGUUGCUGUAAACUUGUGGAUAAAUAUCAGCUGAGGAAGAGAAAACUUUGAUGAAAGGGCAAAGCUAGUGAGUUAGCGAACGUGUUAGCAGCACAGUGAGCUCAGUCAGAACCUGCUGUGAUGGGCGAACAUGUUGCCUUCAGACAGCAGACUCACACUGGUCCAGAAUAUUUAUUUGGGCAGAACAGCUGAGAUGGAGUUACAGAAAACAGAAAAAGUGUUUGUAGUUUGGGUUUCAGAUUCAUUCCCCAGGUGGGGAUUUAGCCUGUGAAGCUGCACAAAGUCGGUGAACAGCAGAUUAUUUUUGUUUUUAAUGAGUGUGGUGGCGUUACAGAACCAGUACGUCGGACCUCUGUGAGUUCUGCUGCGGUGUUGUACUGUGGUACGGCGCGGUACUGCUGCCAGUAUUCUGCUUCUCCUCCAGUACGUUCAGUCAUGUAGCAUGUUGAUGUUCAGUAAGUACUCGGUCUGACCUCCAGGAGGUGCUGUGACGGUUUGCAUGCCGGUCAGAGAGACGGAGGGUCUGUUUGCAGCCGCGGUGAUCGGACCGCUACGUUUCUGCCAGCAGGGGGCGACAGCGUGCUUAAACAGAAUCUAACACAUUAAUGUCUCGUUUUUCAGUGCUUGGUAAUUUAUUUUCCCCGGCUUUCUAAGAAUGUGUUUUAUAAAUGCCUGUUUUAUAAAUGCCUAUGAAUGUCCUUUUACCUCUUUCCAGCUACUUUUACACUGAUUUCCUCGGACGUUUCAGUGAGUUGGUGUGUUUUGUGGGAGCCGUGGCUGCAGGCGGACCUUUCCGGCCUCCAAACAUCGGGCUGCAGGGGCUUUCGUCAUUUGCCAAACUCAGAUUCUGGAUGUCUGCUUGAAAAUCUCUUUGUUUUAAAGAAUAUUGAGGCCUUAACAGUAGUGGUUGUACUAAUAAUUAGCAUUUUUCAGUUGUGGGGUUUGUAAAAAAAUGUAGUAAAUGGAAUAAAACUUUGUGAUGUAGCUAUAAGCAGAUAUGUUUGUGUGAUGCUUUCAAAGGAAAUGUAACAAAAGUUCAAAUGGUGUGCAAUAAUAAACUUCUCCUGUCCAUCUAUCUGCUUACACCCACAUUACAAUGUUUUAUGAACCAUUUUAUACGUUUAAUUUAAAUUGUUGGAAUUCCCCAAAACGCCCAACUUUACGCUGAAGUGACGAUUGCAACUGCAGCUAAAUGCAAAGUGGAAAAAGUUCCCCAUGAUUGAAAUAAUGUCUUUUUUCUUUUUUUUUACACUGUAUGGCACAGUGACCAGUGAAAUGUAAAAGAAACCAGUUCAGCCAGUGAAGCACCAGGCUUAGAACUGGUAUGGAGGUUGUCUGAACUGGUUUUUUCAUUCCAGAAACCCGCAGCAGCAGGAGAGGCAGCAGAGUGGAGGGGGGCGAAGCCAAAUGUAAAAACAAAACAAAACUAAGAAGCCUUAAAUGAAUAAAACUGGUGCAAUUUUGUAACAGAAA